CGCUACUGGCGUACGUGGAAUUCUCCCAUAUGAUUGAAGGCGGAGGGGUCACUCGGUGCAUUAUCCAGGAGUUUACCUAGAAGUUUUACUAUAGGGGUUAUGUAUGAAAUAUUUAUAGGAAUAUCAAUUAGAGAAGCGAGUGUCGUGUGCACCCUAAAACAGGUGUUGGAGUAAGUUAGGGCUAUAAAACUGACGUGGUGACGGCCGCUGACCAUUGACAGUGACAACUCGACGGCAACCGGACGGAUUUAACUCUCUCCUCACUUAUAUACAGAUUUACAGCAUCUUACAGGUUACAAAACUCGCCCGCUAACAUGUCGAUGGUAGAGGUAUCCGAUAGGAGUGGUUGUAAGAGCAAGCUUUGGGACUACGACGGAAUUUAUCUACCCCUGGCCAUCAACGGCAGCCCAUCUGAACAUUUGCCGUCUCUGAAGAAAUGGAAGACACGAAAGGAUGACAUGUUUGUCUGCUCCUAUCCCAAAUCUGGAACAAACUGGGUGUGGGAGAUCGUGUCUAUGCUCAGACAAAAUAAAAAAGAGAUUACAGAAAUGGUGUUCCCCAACAUUGAGAUUUACCGGACUCAGGACAUCGACGCAAUGCCAUCGCCCCGGACUUUACAAUCACAUAUGAGGUUCCGGUGUCUUCCGCAACACUUCCUGGAGAACAAGGGAAAAAUAAUAUACGUGAUGCGCAAUCCCAAGGACAUCGCUGUGUCCAUGUACAACUUCAUGGUGAAACUCAAAGACGUGUACAGCGGAUCCUGGGACGAUUACCUUGACCUCUUCUACCAGGGAAAAUUGGGUUAUGGUUCUUGGUACGAUCACGUGCGUGACUGGGAAGACUUUCGAAGAGAGAACAGUAAAUACCCCAUUCUGUUUGUAAACUAUGAAGACAUCCACAAGGACUGCAAGAAAGAGAUAACACGCAUUAGCAAGUUUUUGGAAAUCCCCACCAAUGCGGAAACAGUUUCUGCGAUAGCAACACAAGUGCAGUUCCAGAAUUUUAAGACAAAGAAGCUGGAGAAGUGUGGUCACAUUUACAGGUCUAUUAGCAGAGACGGUUCCGACGUCUUCUUCCGCAAAGGUGUUGUUGGAGACUGGAGGAACCAUUUCACAGUAUCACAGAGCGACGAGUUCGACAAAGUAUUCGAAAAGAAAAUGAAAGGAUCGAAAUUAAAAUUCAAGUUUUCAGUCUAAGUGCUGGACACUUUCAUUAUGAAUUCUGGAUGAGAUGUAGCUGAACCCUUGAAGUACGUUAAUGCACAGACUGGUUCGUUUUUUUCUGUUAUGAGUCUGGAAAAAUAAAAAACCCAGAAAACAGUUAACUGAGAAGAAUGUCCAAAACUAGUUCAACGGUGUGACCAACCCAGAAACACAGUUCCUUGUGUAAUAUACUAUUUAUAUAUAAUUGUUUUGUCCAAGCGAAUGUUUCAUUUUGUUUCACCAGGAUGACAUUCGUUUUUAAGGUUGUGUAUUUAGAACUUUGUUAUACGAAAAUGACGUAUAAGACAAGGGUAACUAUAAGUGAACAUCCGGUGUCGCUGACGUCAUAAUAAGUACGAGACGAUAUAACAUACGGGUAUCCGUGGCGUCAUAUUUAGUAUGGGACCUAACCCGAGGAUUGUACGGGUAGCCGGGAUGUUACAUUGAGUAAGAGACACAACCCAAGUGACAAACGAAUAUCCGUUGUGUAAUACUGAACAUUUGACAUAGUUUUAGUGGCAUACGGGUAUCCGCUACGUCAUAGUCACGCUCACGUCAAUUAUAGCUAUACAAAAGUGCCCGCUAAAACAUGUAACCGCUCAACAUGCAGAGUUCUGUCUGUACGUUGGCACGUUUAUAGUAGAGGCAGUAUAACCACGCUGUUAAACAUCUGUUAAUGUUUUUAUGAAAUGUUAUUAGAUGUCGUCUGCAGUGCUCGAAGUGCAGAUAAUGGACAAAUGAAAAAGCGAUUUAAUUGGUGGAGAAAGAUUGGGGUGAAAGGAUAAUGAGUGAGUGAGCGAGAGUAAAACUGAUUUUGUCUUUAAAGGUGUGAAAAACUUCAGCUCAACUUUUUCUCUCAUAACGUUUGAUAAUCUGUCAUGUCUUUUUAUGCUGAUGUGAUCGGGGAAAAAUAGGUAAUUAGUCUCUUAUUUGAGGCUUAAAUUUGGAAUCACGGGUCUGUAUAACACUCCUGCACAUUUAUAUGAUUCAAUCUUGUUGUUGAUGUUGAUGAUGUUGAUGAUGAGAAUGGAGAAUAUGAUGAUGAUGAUACCAAUCAUUAGCGUGCAAUUUUGAAGACUAUAGUCUAAUAGCGACCGUUUAAUCCUUGGAUGGAACAAGUAAAAAGUGUCGCCAAGCUCAUGUGAUUUGAUGAUUCUUUUCAUCGAUGAUAGAAGCCGGCAAUGACAGCUCAGCUGAUAUCCUAAUUUUCAUGUAUUAUGAAGCAAAUCCUGCUUUUUACACAGACUGUUUAUAAUGGCAGGGGAAGUAACUCUAGCAGGAACUCAUAGCUUCUCACCAUUUCAUUGUACAUAGUUAUUAUUGAUCACAUAAUUAUUGAACUGUUAGUAAUAUACAUUUGUAAGUAUGUUAUUGUUAUAACUCGUUGUAUGUACAUUAAAACCUGGAAUAAUAAAACAGAACUUUACAAG